GCGAGAUACCUUGACGAAAGAAUCAAGAAUUUAAAUUUAUCCCCCCUUCCCUUAUUGCCACCCUCACACUUGUGAAUAGCACACCGAUUAAAGAGCUUACUACACACAGAAGUCGCAAUAUUUGCGUUGGCCGCCGAUACCAAUACACCAUAUGGUGUGCGUCGCUACUGCGCUAAGUCAAUGAAAUUAAUAUCGACACACUUUUGCACUCGCAAAUAUUGAGGUAAAUCAACAAAAUAAAGCCCACUUUACUAUCUUGAACUCAGUGUCGAGCCAACCGUGGUGGAACGCGAAUGUUGCUGCGGAGCCUGACGCUGCUGCAGACAUUCACCUGUGCUCAACGUGGAUUGAACGCUUUAUCAACCAAACCACCCCCAUCGGCGAUGACGAGCGUCCAUUCGGCCGGUAUUGCCGAGGUGCACGAGAUGCCUAUGUCGGCCAUUGUGCGGCCCAUUCCGUCCGAGCUGGACAACGCCAAGGUGGAGUCGCUGAUGGCGACGAUUCAGGAUCCCAACCAGGCGGCCGCCGUCCCCCCGAUCGACGUGCUCUGGAUCAAGGGCACCGAGGGCGGAAACUACUUCUACAGUUUCGGGGGCUGUCAUCGAUUCGAGGCACACCGCCGGCUCGGCCGCCCAACCAUCACGGCCAAGCUGGUCAAGUCGUCGCUGGCGGACCUGCAGCACUAUCUGGGCGGAAGUUGCCCCAAGUCGUUGAAGUGAAUUUAAAUAUAUUUUUUUGUAGUCAGUAAUUGUUAAGGAAAUCGUUGAACUUGUUGGAACGCGCUUAUUUAUGAGUAAAAAUAUAAAUGUAUUUUUUUGUUUCUAUAUUUACAAAAUAUUUA